GAAAUAUUCUUCUAUUUAUUUAUUUAUUUAAACAUAUAAAUAUUGGUAUGAUGGGGCUCUGAAUACAUAUUUGCCACACAGGUCGCUUGAUUUGUGUGUAGGCCAUGAUACUGCUUUAGUGCCCAAACCAAGGCAGGUAGUUUUCUUAGGGGGGCCACACUUAUUUUUGGUUGAAUGUUGACUUUUGAAAAACUCUAAAUUCUAACUUGUAAUGGAUUUUUUUUAAAUUUGAUUUUUACUUGUGUGGUCUGAAUGUUAUUGUGUUUUACUUUCAAAUUUAUAUUGAAACAAUUUAGCUGAAGGGAAUCGUAUUUUGUAUUCUGUGUGUUUUAUAGAAGGGAUGUUUAAUUGAGAACUCAAUAAACAAAAACCAAACAGCACUGAUAAUCUGUUUCUUUUUGUCUUAGUUUAAAAGUUCUAGGUGGUGCAAUAAUCAUAAUUCUACGAAAGGGUAUUCAAAUUAUAUGACCGGUUUGUUAUUAUGCAAUAGUCUUUAAUUUUACUUUCAUUCACUUUUUUAUGUAAUGAGAUGGUAUAGAUCAUUCGAAGUCCAUCUACUGAUUUAUAUAUAUCAUACUCACUACCAAACCUGAAUGUCAUAGCCUUGAUAUGUUGUUAGAUUUUGGGUGUGCUCAAUUAAAGUGUGCUAACCUCAGACGAAAUAGUAAUCUAAUCGUGUCUGGUUUUCAAUAGUUCCCCACGAAAAUCAUCCUUGAAAUGUACAAAAUUUCUCCAUAUCAGGAAACAAUGCUAUUCUCGUAUAUUAUAUUAUAUAUGUAUGUAAUUGUUUUAAAAAUACCGCUAUGUAAAAUGAAAAUAUAGUGAUUUUAACCAUUUUUUUUUUUCAAUAAAGAUAUAAUACGCCUUAUGAAUAAUAUAAGUAAUCACCAAUCAGGUUAUCCGUUCCUAAAAGUGAUAUUUAAAUUCUCGUUAAUUGUUUAUUUAUUUAUUUAUUUUUUUGGAAGUGAAACUGUCUUCCUUACUCAACUAGUCCAUUUUAGAUGAAUAUCAUUCUAAGCGAACAGUUAUUCUCAAUUAGAUCUUUAUCAGCUUUACUCUAAUAUACAUGAAUAUUUCUACGAAAAUAUUAAACCGGUCAAGGCAAUUUGGGUCAAUAAUCACUAUGAUAUAGAAUAGGUCACCACACAUAAUAGGUAAAAAUACAAGUUGAUCGUAAGAAGACAGGUGUACUGAUAGUAGUAAGAAUAAUAAAAUACGAAUAUUAUUCUUACUGAUAGUUUUAAGCCUAUAAUAUGCUGAUAAAAUGUUUACUCAUCUCUUAUGUUUAUUUUCAAGAUGUUAAUAAUUAGCUUUUAUUAUUUUUUUCAAAAAGAAUGGGGAAAAAUUCACUGACACAUUACAUAACACACAUUGAACGGUGAUUGGUUAAUACAAAGGUAAUACAUGAUUAGGUCAGAUAAUACAUUCACUAUGAUAAAAUUAUGAUAUUUCAUUUAAAGAAACUUUAUAAAUAACUUUUAUUCAAUCUUUAUAAUCAGGAAUAUUCAUGGGAAUAUGAUAGAUUAACAAGAAUACUACUGAUUACUUUCAGAAUUCAAAAUUAUUACUACUGGGAAAUUUAUUCUUUUUUUUUUCAAUUAACUGCAAAGAAAUUUCUACUACUUAUUAAUUGAUUUCUCUUGAGAACUUUAUAGGUAGAUAUACUCAAAUAAUUCAAUAAUUGUUUCUCAUGAUAACAAUCAAUCACUGAGUUUUGAAGAAUAUCAGGUAUAAUUAACAGGACUAAUAUAAUUAGUAUAAAAAAUUUAAUGGAACUAUUCAUUAUUAUAUCAAUAUACUACAAGUUAAGUUAAUGAAAUUCUAAGGUGUAAUGAAUUAGAUUUAUUUUUAUAAAGACUAAAUGAAAUGGAAUAUAAUACUGGACAAGUAGCGGUUAUAUGUCAGUUAAAGUACACUUUUGACUAUUGUUGAAAAAAAGUAAUUCAUUCAUGAUCAUUAUUGGAAGAUAAUAUAUUUCAUUAACAUUUUUUGGAUUUUAUUAUUUAUAAUAUUUAUGUAUUUUCAAGAUAUUCAAAAAUCAAUAAUCAUUAAUCUGUAUAGCAUAAUAUUAUCAAAAUCAGAAUAAUAACAUAUGAAUCUUCAAUUAUCAUUAUUGAAUUAUCGUGAAGGUCUUGAUACAAUUGAUGAAGGUAAUAGUUCACCUUGUAAUCCAACUAUAAAUAAUCAACAUUUAUAUCAAUCACAGUCAAUUUCUCAAAUUGAACAAUAUAUAAAUAAUGAUACUACUCAUAAAGAAUAUUAUCAAUUCAUUGAUGGAAAUAUUCAAAAUCAAUUAAAAUCAUCAAAUAUUCAUGAUAAUACUGAAAAUUUAUUAAAGAUUGAUUCAUCUAAAAUGAAUUACGAAAAGAAUUUCAAUAAAGAAUACGACAGUGGUAGUAUAGAAUUACAACAAACGAAUACAAAUAAAAUGAAUCAAUUUAGAAAAUGUCAUGAAAAAUUAAAAAAUAAUUGUAAAAUAUGUUUAAAACAUAUAAAAUUACCUAUAUGGUUAUCUAAUUUAUUAUUAUGGAUUUAUACACAUUUAAGUGGAGUAUUUACUUAUGGAUUAUUUCUAUUAGCUAUAUAUGCAUGUAUUAUAUCGAUUAAAGCAAAUAUUGCUUUACCACCACAAUGUCGUUUAAUUUCUGUUAUAAAAAGAAUAGAUAAAUUAUCAAAUAUUUCUAUGAAUGAUAAUCAAUCCUCAGGGAGUAAAUUUGUAAAAGCACUUGAAUGUCGUCAUGGGGAAGCUUUAAGUAUACUUAUUUUCUAUGGUUUUGGUUUUAUGUUUGGAGAAAUAAUGGAGCUUCUACAUUUACCUGGAUUAUUAGGUAUGUUACUUGGAGGAUUGUUUCUGAGAAAUAUUGGUGGACUUUUGAUUCCGGAACAGAUUUACCACACAGGUCAAUUACCAAGUGGAAGUGUUCCUUAUGGAUACAAUACUAGUUUAGCAAAUUCCACUUCUUACAAUGAGAAAGAAUAUCCUUUUAAUAUAACCGAUCCACGUACUCAGUUUGCUGCUCUUUUACUGGUAAAUCCAGUUUUAUCUGGAAUUUUAAGACAACUUGCUUUGACGACAAUUCUAACUCGGGCUGGUUUGGGUCUUGAUCCUCAAGCAUUGAAACAAGUAUGUGGUAGUGUAUUUCGUCUUGCAUUCAUACCAUGCCUUACAGAAGCGACAUCUUUGAUGCUAUUUAGCCGUUUUUUGAUUGGAUGGCCUUGGUCAUGGGGAGCUAUAUUAGGAUUCGUUUGUGCAGCUGUGUCACCAGCUGUGAUAGUGCCGAAUAUGAUGCGCCUAGAAGUUACAGGAUGGGGUGUAGCUGAAGGUAUACCUACCCUCGUUGUUGCUGCUUCCAGUUUAGAUGAUGUUGUUGCGAUUACUGGAUUUGGUGUUGCCCUCGGUGUAGCUUUAUCCACAGAAAAAAGUUUAGUAAAUACAUUAUUUUGGGGACCACUUGAAGCAAUCAUAGGUGCUUCAUUUGGAGCAGCAGUGGGAAUAUUAUUACUUUUCUUUCCACCACCAAAACUCGAGCAUUCCCAUUUUAUUCGAGGUAUACUUCUUGUUUGCUUUGCAAUAACUGGGUUAAUCGGUUCGGUCGCAAUACAUUUACCAGGUGGAGGUGCAUUGUCUUGUUUAACUUUAGCUUUUAUCGUGGCAACUGGUUGGCGGCGCGGAUUUCCAUGGCGUUUAACGCAGUCAACAAGUAUAUCAACGGAAUCAUCAUCAAACAAUGCACAAAACCCACAUUAUGAAAAUUCAAAUUAUCGAGCGAAGCCAAAAACGGAUAAACAUAAUCUAUCUUCGUCAAGAGAUUCUGUCCUUACUAAUGAAGACUCUCAAGAAAACCUUAAGACAGCUCCUUCGAAGCUUGAAUCCAUUGACGAAAAAUAUAGGCAUUCUGAUGAUGAUGUUGACUCAGAAAGUAUGACAAAGCACCAGAAAGAUCUAAACAACCCAAACAUACUUGAAUCCUUGGUAGAAUUUCAUCCUUACUAUUGCUCAAUUUUGCGUCAGCAGUAUGGCCAGCAUUCAUCGGGUGAACAUAGUAACCGCAGCAGCCUUCGUAAUCGUCUCGCAUCUGAUGGUGACAGAAAACGAGGAGAUCUUCCAUCUUUAGCUGUUGCAGUAGCGGCUACUGGUAUUGAGAAAAAAGUAGAGGGAUCUUUGGCCAAACAACCUCAACAGAAUAGUUACCAGCAACAGACUCAGCAAACAUCUACAGUCACUUUUCAAAAACCAAAAGGAUCUCGAAGAUUUAGUCUACCUGAACCCACUGCUCACUACGAACUGGAAUCAUUUUCCGUGCCUCAGCAGUUUCGCCGAGGAAGGAGUCCAUCUAGUGCAAACGCUUUACGUCAUAUGAACAGGUCGAGGCGUAGAAUUCUUGCACCAUUUCCGGAUCAGUACUCACCAUUUUACAACAACCAACCUGUUGAAAAAGUCGAAGAAGUUGAAGAAAAUGAUGAAUGCUCAUCCAACGAAACAGAAAAACCAGAUGACGACCAUAAUGAUAACAACUUUGAUAGUUCUAAUAAUCAAGAACAACCUUUUAGUGAUGUUGUUGUUCCAGCUACACCUGUUGAACGUGGAUUGGCUUGUUUGAAUUCAAUGAGAAGAACCAUGGCAGUCACAUGGUGGUUUGUACAACCUAUUCUGUUUUCUUUAAUAGGAUCAGAAGUAGAUAUACUACAUAUGCCUGGUGGUUCAACUGGACGUGGAAUCGGUGCAUUCUUACUUGCUCUAGUUGCUCGUUUAGCUGCAACAAUCGUAGCUGUUUUGCCGUCAAAGUUAAAUAUGCGUGAACGUUUGUUCAUAUCAUUUGCGUGGUUACCAAAAGCCACCGUACAGGCAGCUGUUGGACCAGUUGCAUUGGAUACAGCUAGACAAUUGAAUUCGAACGCAGAAAUAAUUGAUUGGGGGGAACAGGUUGUUACAUUGGCUGCAAUUUCAAUAUUAAUUACUGCUCCAUUAGGCGCUAUUUUAAUGCCACUUACUGCACCUUAUUUAUUACGUCAAGAUAUUCAAUCAUCACAAGUAUUAAUAGAACGUACUAAUCCUAAACAUUCACCUAAAUCGAAUUCUGCUCAAUCAACUGAUAUAAUAAAUAAAAAACUACAUAAAUCUGAUCAAAAAAUUUAUCAAGGUAAUAAACAAUCUCAAUUAAAUACUGUACGUAAUACAAAAUUAUAAAUCAAUUAAAUAUACAUGAUUGUUUCAUGUUUACAUUUACCUCUUUUCUCUUUUGUUUUAUGACUUAAUGUUUUUCUUUCUUUUCUUCAUUAAAACAAAAGAAAAAUAAAAGAAGACAAAAUAAAAUAAAAGAUUUCAUUCAUAACUAAUUUUUACAAUAAUAUCAAGUAGAUAUUAGUUAAUGAUGUAAAAGAAUAAAAUAAAAAUCACUUUUAAUUUGUAAUUCAUUAGUUCAUUUCAAAUAUAAAUUUAUAGUUUUCUUUUCUUUUUUUUCUUUUUUACUUCUUUUUCUUUUCUUUCUCUUUUUUAAUCAAUAAAAUUUAAAACAUAGCGUUACAAUUGAUUUCUUUGAAAUAAACAAACAUAUUAUUCUAUAGAAAUUUUUUUUUCAAUUUUUAUUGUACAGCUCCAUCAUAUGCAAUGAUAUUUUCUCUAUAGAAACAUAUCUUAUUUAAUUUUAAUAAUCAUUUGAUAAUUUCAUUUCAGAUUCAUUCAUUUAUUCCUUCGUUAUGUUCAUUUUAAAUUUUGAUUAUUGUUUGCAUGUUAACAUAUAGAACAUAGUAUAGUCAUGUAGUAAUACAAAAUUCAUAUAUAUAUAUAU